AUGGAUGUUCGUGAUGUCCUGUCUUUUGCGUCUCCAAGCCCUCAGUUAAGGAGAUCUUUGAAACCUCCUCCUCCACCAUCGCUUCAGGAUGAAGUUGAAUCAAAACGACCGAAGGGCAAUGUGGAUAAUAUAUCGGCGUCGUUUUCUGAUACUUCAUCAAACGCUGGAGACUUUGAAGACAUUCCACAUGUAUAUAAGAUAUCAGAUUCAUUGGAUCUGGAGACAAAUAAUGAACCUACUACUGUUGGAGCAAAUGAAGUGACUGAAACUACUGUUCGUCGCCUUACUGUACUCCUUGAAAAACGCGCUUUGGCCAAUCAAGAAGCUCGAACAAAGUUUCCUGAUCAACCGAAACGUUUUAUGCAAUCAGAAUUGGAGCUGCAAGAAACACUUGAAGAAAUGCAAAUUAUUGCAGCAAAUCCUGAAUUGUAUCCAGUUUUAGCGGAACAAACUCGUCCAAUAUCUUUAUUGUUAGGUUUAUUGGCGCAUGAGAAUACAGAUAUCAGUCUGUCUGUUAUAGAUUUAUUGCAUGAAUUACUUGAAUCGAGUUGUUUAAAAGACGCUGGUUUAAGCAAAGUUAAUUCAUUCUUAGAAGUGUUAUUUUCUGGUCAAUUGAUACAAUCACUAAUACAAAAUAUUUCACGUUUAGAUGAAACAAAAAAAGAUGAAGCUAAUGGUGUGCAUAAAACACUUGGAAUUGUUGAGAGUUUAUUAGAAAUUCGUCCAGAUAUGAAUGUGAUUAUGUCAAAUCAAGGUUUAUUUGCUUGGCUUCUUCGACGUUUACAAAGACGUCCAAUUUAUGAUAAGAAUAAACUUUAUGUUAGUGAAUUAUUAUCAAUAUUAUUACAAAUGGAUGAAUUAAAUCGUCGUCAACUUGGUGAAGUUGAUGGAAUUGAUAUUUUAUUACAACAAUUAUCUGUUUAUAAACGACAUGAUCCAUCGAAUCGAGAAGAGAUUGAAUUAAUGCUGAAUUUAUUUGAUUGCCUAUGUAGUUCACUUAUGUUAACAGAAAAUAAAGAUAAAUUUUUAAAAGGUGAAGGUAUACAAUUGAUGAAUUUAAUGCUUCGUGAGAAACAUAUGUCUCGUGAUAGUGCUCUACGUGUUCUUGACUACACUUUAUGCCCUAUCACAACAUCUCAAUCAACUAAUCAAAAUUCUGCUAUUGUUAUAGCUAAUUGUUCUAAAUUUGUUGAAGUACUUGGUCUUAGAACUAUUUUCCCAUUGUUUAUGCAUACUCCACGUGAACAUGCUCUACGCUCUACUUCAUCUGGAUCUAAAGUGAAAGUGAUCAGUGGUCCAACUUCAGCUGAGAUGGAAGAACAUGUAAUCAAUAUUAUCUCUGCACUACUUCGUCAUUGUCCUGAAGCAUUCAAAUCUCGUGUACUGGCAAAAUUUGUAGAGAAUGAUCAUGAAAAAAAUAGUAAAAGAUGGACUGGUUAUACAUCUGAAGAGAUUGAAACUGAAUUGAUGCUGAAACGAUUGGAAGGUGGAUUAUUACCGCUUCAAGUCUUAGAUGUCAUUAUCCUCGAUGUUUGUGUUAACGGUGCAUCAACGAUUUUGGAACGAGUGCUACAUUUAUUACGAAUGAGGUCUUUGUCAAUGAAUUCCAUACUUUAUACAGUUCAAGAAUAUGUGAAUAAUUUAGGUGAUGAAUCGACUGGUACAACAUUUUCUGAGAAGACAAGAGUUACAGAUCUUUUGAAACGGUUUAAACAAAUGAUAAGAUUAGACUAUUGA